AUUAAAUGUUAAUUUAAACGGAAAGAAACGAUUAUUUCACAGAACAUGUCACGUAUUUUUUCUCUUUUAUUCGUUAUUAUAACAAUUAUUCUCUUUGCUAUAGUGAAUGCAAGAGAUCCUCCACCUGUUGUCUGUAAUCAACCAAACGAAGAAUAUCAGUGUGGUUCAGCUUGUCAAACGCGGUGCAGUACUCUCGGAGAACAAUGUCCUAUCGUGAAUAUCAGAUGCAACGAUAACUGUUACUGUAUAGAUCAAUACGCUAGAGACGAUAAUAACGUGUGUAUACCAAUCUCCGAAUGUCCUUCUAAUAAUUAAGAAGUAUUCCCUUACCGUGUAAUGCACAACAGGGUGAAAAAUAUAAAUCCAAUAUAACAAAUAAUUCACAAUAAGAAACUUUAUACGUAGAUUGGAACUUAAAUAGUAGCAACUAUUUAUUCACAACCGAUACAAAAGAGUUACAUGUUUAAAUGUAUAAUAUUAA